AUGGAUACACCACAAUCUGUCUCGGAAAGCAGCCCGACGCAUCGCAACCUAUACCAGUGCGGAACAUGCUCUCAAUCGCACUUCAUCGAGACACCCAAGAAAAGCCCCAUCAGUGUACCGUGUGUAGCAAGCGGUUCGGCAGAAUCUGACCUCUCUAUUCCUGUUCACACUGAGUAUAGUGACCUGCUCCGGCGGCAUUCUGCGCUGCACUCUAGCCCGGGCAAUAAGCAGGCUUUGAGAAGACGCCAUCACGGCGGCAAGCCGCAUAUAGCACCCCGGGCAUCCCAGGCAUGCAGUGCCUGCGCGGACGAUCACCUCAAGUGCGACGAAGACAAACCCUGCGCUAGAUGUCGACGACGGAAUAUUGAGUGCGUGGCUCCGCCCAAGUCUACCCAGAACUGCGCACAGCUUCUGCCACCUAACGCAGACGAGCAAGCCGCUCGGGGGGCAAGCAAUUGUGUUUCUGAAUCUGAACGCCCUGUCGAGGCGGGUGAAGAAGGUGCUGGGGAGACUCACUCCCUCGUCACUCCUCCGGUGGAUAUGCCGACCAGCCAGGCCUGGCCCCAGGAGGUGAGCGAGUUCCAUCCAAUGGAGCCAGAGGAGGCACCGAGUCGCAUUCACCCUGACUUCAUCUCCCAGGAGCUCAGAGACGAGCUGGCGGCCGCGUCUCUGUUCACUGAGCCGCCCAGUGGCGUACGCACGCCCCGUGGAUUGAUCACGUUUGCCCUACCGACGGACCUCGACCUGAACAUGGUCGACCUUGGAUUUCUGGAAUCUUACAAUAGCCAUAUCCCCUUUGAGUUCGAUGGACAGGCUCCUAGCGUGCCUCUAGCAGAGUCCCCAUUCGAGGCUCGAGCAAGGGAAGCAGAAGAAGGCACCCGCGGAGGCACGCGGUCAAUACAACACCUGCGAUGGCGCUUUGUCCCAGCUCCUCAGGACCAUGGCUACUGCGAGCAUGAGAAUCUCCUCUUGCCCACCGACGCGAGAACCUCCACCAUGACUCCUCAAGAGAUCGAUGAGGCAAACAGCAGUCCCUGUGCGACGGAACCGAGUCUCGACCUCUCUUCCCGCGACAAGAUCCUUGGGAUCGUUCUCAGCCAGAUGAAACACCCCAUCUCUGCAGUUCUGUCGUCCUUCCCCUCGGUGCAGCUGCUGGACAGCCUCAUUCGCUACUACCUUACUGCCCCGUUUUCCUCAGCGCAUUCUUGGAUCCACCGGGGAACCUUCAAUCCCCAGAAGCUGUGUCCAGAACUCCUCCUCGCUAUGGCCGCAGCCGGCGCUGUAUUGACCCCGGAUCCCGCUCUGCGGAAACUGGGAUUCGCCAUGCAGGAAGUCGUACGCCUGCAGCUCCCCUCAGUCUUCGAAGGGAAUAACACGACCAUCCGUGACCUCCACCUCCAUCAAGCGUACUUGCUCUAUCUCGAAAUUGGACUAUGGAGCGGUAACAGCCGCAAGAUUGAGAUUUCAGAAGCAUUUCGUCAGCCGCUGGUUACUAUGGUGCGCCGGGGAGGUAUGUUCCAUCACUCUGCCUAUGCGCCUCUGCCGACGCAACUGGACGAGGCUGGCCACAGCUUAAGCGAGGCAUGGCACGCCUGGGCGUACAAAGAAGCAUACAAGCGACUAGUAUACCGUCUCUUUCGGCUCGAAGCCCAGGUCUCGAUGGCCCUCCUUACUGCACCGCUAAUCACUUACGCGGAAAUGUCUCUGCCCCUUCCGGCUCCAUCAUCGCUAUGGGAUGCCAGGUCUGCCUUGCAGUGGAAGGAAGCAUGCAAUGCAUUGUCAGCGUCCGCGUCAUCAUCGGCCAAUGCCCGUAUUCCGACCCUCGGCGAGUGCGUCGCUGACUUCGAAUUCCUAGAAUCGAGCCGCCGCAUCGCGGACAUCCGUCUGACCUGUGGAGCAGUCAUUCAUUCAAUCUGGGGACUGGUAUGGGAGUUUCGGCAGCUGAGCUCCUUGCUAGCUGCGGGGUCGCGGUACUGGGACGGUGACCUCCUCAUGGCGUCCCGACAUAGCCAGCUUCGGCGGAUCCUUGACUGUUUCCGGAUGGCGCAUGGGGCCGAGGCUCCGGUGCAGCUGCACUUGGUUCUGAUGCACAUGUAUGUGUCCGUAGAGGAGGUAGAAGUCCUGGCUACAUCCGAGGAUCCCAGUCGAGCACUCGCAUUGGACCAACCUGCCUCUGCUUUGCGGGAGUGGGUUGGCAGCGAGCAGGCGCGGCACGCUAUAUGGCACGCGGGCCAAGUCGUCCGGGCAAUAAGAAUGCUUCCUUUGCAAACGUUGCGAGAUCUUAUGGCGAUUGCCCUAUACCAUGCUAGUUUGACGCUGUGGGCCUACGGCAUAGUAUAUUUGCGCGUGAUCUGUCCAGAUAGACAAUUAGCGGUCGCUCCGGCUCUGGGCAUAAAUAUAUGGCUUGACGGUCUAGAAACUGAGGAUGUACAUCGCUAUAUUGCCUUGCAGCGUGGAGUACCGGUCCUCCAGAGCCCUGGCGACGCCAGAGAGGCCGUCCGCAUUGAGGACCCGACUGCAGUAUUGACGAUGAUGAUUGAAAUUAUGCAGCACAAUCAUUACCACGAAGUCUUUACGCAGACGCCCCCGUUGGUGGCGAACCUGAUCCAUCUUCUACGGAGGCUACGGGAUGUCAGCAAGUAA